AGUACUUUUUCACUUUCACAGACACUUAUUGUUUGUGUGUCCAUAACCCAAGGUGGAGGAGAAGUCACAGAGGAUCAGUGAAAGUGAAAUCCAAACCACUGCCACCUCCCAAACCAUUGAGGGAGAGAGAAGAGAAGGGAGGGAGUCAGAGUGGACUGGAGAUGAAAGAUUUUGAGGAAAGCAAUGAGGAAGAGAAAGAAUACUACUUUGAAGAUCCAUCCAACAUAGGCAAUAAUUAUAACUAAAGCGAAAUUUAAUAGUGUGUGUCAAACUCUCCUAUUUUGUAGUGGUUUCUCGCAGUGAUGUCCCUGUGGCUGAGUUCCCGGAAUAUGUGAAAUUGUUGCAUCAAGACAGAGACCGCAAGCUGGAGGUCGAGUACAAGUCAUUGGAAAAGCUUCCUGCGGCAUCUACGGAAGCUGCAAAACUCGCCUGCAACAUCAGUCACAAUAGAUUCAAAAACAUCUUCCCCUAUGAUCACAGCAGGGUCCAGUUGAAGGGAAAUCCAGCAGAGAAGGGCUCUGACUACAUCAAUGCUUCAUUCAUUGAUGGGUAUCCAGAGAAGAAGAAAGCUUACAUUGCCUCACAAGGUGACACUUUCACCACACUUCUGCUCUUUCACUUACAUUCAUACAACCUAUUCUUUUCUCUUUUACUUAUAUUUGGUAGCCUUACUUCUUUCUCUUUCAUAUUAGCCUUACUACAUUCUCUUUUACUUACAUUACUAACGCUACCCAUUCUUCCCUUACACUUACAUUAUUUACGUUACUCCUUCUUUCUUUUCUGUUUCUUGCCAUCAUCUUCGACACUGCCUCACGUAGGCCCAACGGAGCUGACAGCCAACAGAUUCUGGGAGAUGGUGUGGGACUAUCAGAUCCCUACCAUCGUCAUGCUCACUCGCUGCGUUCGAGGACGGCAAGGAGAAAUGUAUGCAGUAUUGGCCAGAUCAGACCAACACUUCAGUUACACGUGGAAAGUUCGACAUCACUGUUACCUCAUUGGUGCCCUCUGCCGAGUAUCAGAUCAGAAAGAUACAGCUCAAAUCAAAGUCUGACCCAGAACAUGAGAGGACUGUCACCCACAUGCUCUACACAGCCUGGCCUGAUCACGGAGUCCCUCGCAACGCCAUGUCCCUCAUCUCCUUCAUCCAUCGCGUCCGGAAGGAGCACCCGGCCUCCCUGACCACGCCCCUCCUGGUCCACUGCAGUGCCGGGGUGGGGAGGACCGGGACCUUCAUCCUCCUGGACGUGUCCAUGCAGCAGAUGAAGAGGGAGGGCACACUCAGUGUCUUCCAGCACCUCAAGAACAUGAGGACUCAGAGAAUGAAGCUGGUUCAGACCCAGGCUCAGUACAUCUUCAUCCAUGAUUCCCUCAGUGAACUAGUGGUGUGUGGAGAAACCGACGUGGCCGCUGGUAAUAUCAGGAUCAGGAUGAUGCAGCUACAGAAACCAGUACCUGGUGACCCGUCUGGUCUCAUUGGCUUCCAGAAACAGUUUGAGACCCUGGAGGAAGUUAGCUCUCAGUGCGAGGCCUCUUACCAGGAGGCAAAGGCCAAGUACAAUGCAGGGAAAAACAGGUUCCCUGACAAGCUACCGAAUGAGUUGGGUCGUGUGAGGCUGAGGUUUGGUCCCAAACCUGGCUCCGACUAUAUCAAUGCAUCUUUCAUUGACGGGUAUAAACAACGGAAGGCCUACAUAGCCACCCAGGGACCAAUGGAAGGGACAGUGGCUGAUCUAUGGAGGAUGAUCUGGGAACACAACUGCAGCUGCAUCGUCAUGCUCUGUCAGACACAGGAGAAGGGACAAGUGAGCAGUCAUUGUUUCUGGCCAGAAGGGGAGAAAGAAGAGGCGGUGUACGGGAAGCUAAGGGUGGGGGUGAAGAGAGUGAGCCAUCACGGUGACAUCAUUGAGAGGAAGCUGGAAGUGGAGGACACGGAGGGGAGGGGAGGGGUUCAGAAGACUGUGAGUCUCAUGCAGCUGAGCAGCUGGCCUCCCGGAGAGCUGCCUCACCCCACGGCCAUCUUGUCUCUGGUGGACCUGCUCACUAAGGCACAGAGGGGCAGCCCCGGCAGACACACUGUCGUCAUGUGCAGUGAUGGAGUAGGAAGGACGGGGACGUUCAUCUGUAUCCACUCCCAACUGGAGAGACUCAAGACUGAGGGAGUGGUCGAUUUCUUCCAGGCUGCAAAAUCCGCUCGCAUCCAACGAGCGGGCCUCGUCCCAGAUGCCGCUCACUACGCCUUCUGCCACGACGUGGUCGCCACCUACAUGGACAGUUUUGAGACUUAUGCCAACUUCAAAGAAGUUGUGUAACCACAAAGAUAAUAACCCGCAAAAAUCACUUCAUCGUAGUUUAGUCGUAGUGAAAAAAACAGCCACCAUUAGUUUUUUGUACUCUAGUUUGAUUGUGAAAUGAGUUUUUCGCCCGUAUAAAAAUUUCAGCAGUUCACGUGCACGUGAGGUCAAAGGUGUAGCUACACACAUGUGGGCGCUGGCCGGUUGAAUGAAAAUGGGUCGCCAUGCUAGGAGACUCCAGCGCGUUCGCGGGGCGGUCAUAAAACAGGCCGCGGAUGACAAAGAGGACGACCCGACACAACGCGAUCAAAGCCUGGUCAACAUACACGAAGACAAAUUCUUCCGGGACGAGAUAGAUGAUUUCCACGACGCCAAAGAAAGAUUGCUACUCGAAGGCGAUAGUGGCAGUUCUGAGGAUGAUGGAUUGAGUGCUGACGAAGAAGAGGUGCUUGGAUUGAGCGAGGAAGAGGAAGAUGAAGAGGAAAGCGAGGGAGGAGGAAGAGUUUAAGCUGCCACCUGCCCUACAGAGGCAGUUUCUUGCCAGCGAUGAUGAGGAACCUUCAGAAAAACAUCAAACAGAAAUGUCGGACAAGGCGUGGGGGCGGAAGAAGAAAACAUUCUAUGCAGUCGAAGGUGAGGAUGAGUUGAGUGGGUCGGAAGGCUCGGAGAUGGCGGCAGAGUUGGAGGAGAAGGAGGCCAUUGCUCUGCAGCAGAGAAUGACCGCUGCCAUCAGCGAGGCAGACUUCAUGGCUCCAACCCUACCUGAAGAGGAUGGGGAGCAGGAAGAUGGAGUAGAGAAGGAGGAACAUGUGGCGCAGGAUUUCUCAAAGAUGUCACGAGAAGACAAGUUGGCACUGCUAGAGAAGGAUUCCCCAGAGCUAUUCGAUCUUCUGGAGGACUUUGACUUCAACAUGUCAGAGACGGUGGAACUGCUCGGAUUCCAGUCCAGAGUGGCCAAAGACUCGCCUACCUUUACUGACGAGGCAAGGAAGAGAAUAUUUGGACUGCAAGCUGCAUCUCGAUCUUCUAUAUUGCGUAAACAUCUCUCUCUUUCUCUUUCUCUCUUUAGGUAUUGCAUGAACAUAAUGUUCUACCUCUACCUGAAAGCGUCAGGUCUGCCUGUCAAAUCUCACCCAGUCAUCCAGCGCAUAGUUCAAAUCAAAAAGAUGAUUGGUCAGUUGGAGCCACUGGCCAGCGAAAUGCAAGGACAGAUCGAGGCUCUUUUAUCCUCUCUGAAUUCUGAAACACCAGAGGAAAAUCCAGCUAUGGACCAAUAUUCAGCCGUGGAAGAUGGUGUUAGUAAAAAGCCACGAAAGAGAAAACAAGGAGUGAGAGAAACGGAAAUUGAAACCAAGAUCAAAUCCGUGAAGAAGAAAAGUGCCAAAAUUUCUGGGGCGAGUGUCCAGUCUGGGUUAGUUGAAGAGGAUCCACUGGAUUACUAUGACAGGGUUUUGGAAGAGAAGAAGAGAAAGAGAGAGCAGAGGAGGGAGAGAAGAAGAAAGGAAGAGGCAGAGGGAGAGAAGGAAGCCGACCUUGAUGAGGGAGAAGAUGGAAAAAGAGCCGUCACUUACCAGAUUUCUCGCAAUAGAGGGCUGAUUCCACAGAGGAAGAAGGAGCUGAGAAAUCCUCGAGUGAAGCAUAGGAACAAGUUCAGAAAGGCCUUGAUCAAGCAUAAGGGCCAGGUGCGUGAGGUAAUGAAGGAGCUCCAUCGCUACGGAGGUGAAUCCUCUGGCAUCAGAGCCAACGUCUCACACAGCAUCAAAAUCAAAUGAACCAACUUUACUCAUAUAAGCCAUAAAACUUAUCUUCUUUUUCACGUGUAAGAGAGUGUUGCUACAUUGUAAGGGUGUCU